AUGUCCGGGGCAAAUUUUGCCCGAAGAGUUGCUCUUCGGCCUCUGCAACAGGUUCGAUUCGUCUCGAGAUUGGAGUAAGUUAAUAUUCCGUUAGUUUAUUUGAUUUUUAGGCGCAGAACAUCUUGAAAAUCGUUUUAUAGAGGCCGUAUGUUCUUAUCGAUGUUACUUUAUAUGUUAAUUUACCCAAAAAUUUCAGGAAACGGGAUGAUUUGAAACUUUUCAAAGACAUCAAUCGUCUAGCCCGUCAAGGAAAGUGGGACAGUAUAAACAACCAACCUCCACCCUUCAAAUUCUUUGAUUCUGGCCGACAGGAGGCUUAUACCAUUUGGUACAAAUUGGUAAGCGUUUUACCUUUGUUUUCGCAUGUUUAGAGGCAGUUUUAUAUCAAGGUAGAUGGGUAAUAUCUCGUGCGGCAUUUUGAUGGAAUUUUAUUAAUUUCUUUGAUGUGUAUGGGUCACUAUAGCUCCAUACAGAAGCGGAGUACAUUAUAUGAGCUUUUUGAAGUUAGUUUACAUUGUUUCAGCUGGGAUAUCGCAAAAAUCCAUUUGACUACUAUGCGGAAGGACAGGUUUACCAAUUGAUCUUCACCAUUGUUGGAUUCUUUGUGGGCGUGAAGUUGGUGAUCACAGCAUACAACACGAUUGUCCCAGAAAAGUAUCGAGAGAGGUUCCCCGAGUACUACGCUUUUAUCAAGCAUCAUUUGGAGGAGGGUGAGCAUCACGGUCAUGGUGAACAUCAUUAG